CUUAACGUGAGUUGGUCUUAAUCUUUAUUUCAGAUAUUGUUAGAAGAUGGUUCCAAAAAUAAUAUUUUUUGCACUUUUAAUGGGAAUCGCCAACACACAGAGAUGUAUUUUUCCUCAGCUGUGUCAACCAGGAGUGGUACCAUUUCCAGCUGGAAUAGAUCCGUUUAAUCAAAAUUUAGUCGUCAGUGUAAAUAAUGAUAUCUUUUCCAUCAAAAAUUGGAUAAAACAGUAUUUCGAUGAAUUAAUUCAACGCGAAGUAGACAUCGCGACAGGAAUAAACAAUUGUAUCAGUCGACUGGUGGCUGUCGAAAACCAUUUAGAACAAAUUGACGAAAGAGACGUAACACAGUUGCAAAAUAUCCAACAGACAGUAAUUGGCAUAGAGAACAAUCUGCCCACUAUUUUGCAGAAGAUGGAAAACAAAAUUAUUUUAACGGUUUCAGAACAUGAACCUUCUAGUCAGAUCUCCCAACCUGUAAUAUCAAAGAAAGAUUUUGAGUCAUUGAAAAAAGAGAUAAUGAACAAAAUCUACAUAGUUACUAACUCGAUAGGAAAAAUUGAAACUGAAAUUAAUGAAAUUAAGGAAGAAAAUCAAUACAUUAAAGAUUUGCAUAAAGAAUCAACAGAAAACUUAAAAAUAUAUUUUAAUAACAACCAAGAGCUGUUCACUAAGUUUGGUAAAAAACUAGAUAACUGUAACAAUAAUAUUAACAAUAAAGAGAACGAAGAGUGGAAGGUUAAUAUCACAAAAGCUUUUAAUGGUCAACAAUCAGAGGCUAAAAAAAUCCUGGCAGAGGUUAAAGAAGUACAGAAUAAAAUAGACCAGCUAUCACAAGAAUGCAACCUAGCUAUACAUCAAAAUAUCACUUUACCAAAACAAGACAAUUCCAAAUCUGACCUUACCAAUUAUAUCAAAAAAACUCACGAAGAGACCAUUAAGAAGCUUAAUGAUCUCUCAAAAACGACAGAUACUCUUGGACACAGCUGUGUAACUAGCUGCGACAAAAUUUCAACUAAGAUAGAAGGUCUUAAUAUGUCAGACAAAGCAAUAGAAAAGAUUGCUGCUAACAUUACUACUAAAACCAAAGCACAAGUAGAGUUUGGAGUGAACCAAAUUUUGGAGGAGGUAUCCAAAUAUUCGAAAUCAAGUGCUAUAUAUGUUCAAGAAGCAGUAUGUAACAGACUAGAUUCUCUUAAAACAUCAACUCUAGUUAAUAUAACAUCGAAGAUAGAAGACAUUCAACAAGUUUUUCAGAAAAUAGAAAUACUGUAUCAACAAAUGAAAAGCAACGGAUCUGCUCUAAAUCAAUCUAAGAAUUGCAAAACUGAUUCUUUUAAAGUUAAUGAUACUGGAAUAAAAGGAGUACGAAAUGAUAGCGAUGAGAAAAGCGAUGAUCAAGAAAUCAUUGUUUAUUAAUAAGGAUUUUUUAUUGCAAUUUUUAUUUGAGUAAAUGUGCUAUUUUUUAUAGUCUGGGCAGAUUAUCGGCGAAUAAGCCAUUUUUGGGAAAAGUUAUUUACCAGCAAUUUUAUAACUGGAAUCGAAUCUUAGGAUUGUAUAUAUUAAUAAUAUACGUAUGCAAAGUCCGCAGAUAGUGUGCUACUUUUUUUAUAAAAAAAUGGCGCCCGAAAAUCGUAUUUUUUCAAUUUUUGCUCUAUAACUAGAAAGAUUUUAAAUUUACACAAAAAACACCCAAAUAAAAAUUCACCGUAAUUAAAUUCUGCAUAGAUACGUGUUUUCCCGAUUUACUUAGAUGAAAAUUUUCCCCGGAAAAUGCGGGUUUUCCGACAAAAUCUUUAAUUUUCAACUAAAAUUUUAGAUAAGUAAUUGUUUAUCAAUAAUUAAAUAACUUGGCAAUAUAAAAUAUCUUUUCGUAUAUAUUAUAAUUCCAGAAGCCGAUAGAAAUUGAAUGAACAGUUUAGCAACAAUUGAAUUGUUAAUUAAAAAUUUACGGUCGCUAUAAUACCCACAAUAAUUCCGAUACAUAAGAAUAACUAUGAUUUUUGUAUAAAAAAUCACUGUACAUAUCUAAUGUAUGUACUUUACAGAAUUGAAAUUGAACUAUUUAAGAGGCCUCAGGCAUAUUUUAACAUUAUAAACAAUUUUUUGGCUUAUAAACAAUUAGAAUAUCUCGGGAAAUAUUUAAUUAAAUUAAAUCAUGAAAACGGUAUUGGAAAAAAAGCAGUAGGACGCUUCUUUUAAAAGAAAAAACGUUUAAUUGUGAUGAGUGAUUCCUGAGAUACAACCUGUCAAAGUUGACCGGCAUUGACGCCAAAGAUAUCAACAGUAGGAUUAUAAUUUUCAAACCAUCACCUUUUUAGUUUUGUCCUCUUUCUCCACACCAAUUUUCAUAUCUUUGAAAUACCCAUAACAUAUAUUAUUAUAAUAAAAACUAUCGAUAUUACUAGUGAAAAUUGCCAAAAAUAGCAAAAUUCCAAUCGAAAAUUAGGUUGGAGGAAAUGUAAUCUCAAAGUUCAAAAUUGGUAUAAGUUAAAAAAAUGCAUUUUCUCGGCUUCCCAUGGAGCAAUUUUCUUCAUUUUUUUUCCCAAGUAACUUGAGUAGAGCCAUAUACUUAACGCUUUAUUAAAUGUCACACAUGCUUUUAUUUUGUUAUAAUAAAUUAAGUUAUUGAUAAUAACAAAAAAAUUUAAUUUGUUUAAAUAAAGAUUGUUUAAAAAAUUAUACAGCUUUCAAAUGAGAAUAUUUGUGUUUUUAACGGUAAAAGGUAGACUUGUAGUAAGUUUAUCUAAAAAAACUCUACAACUGGAAGGAAAAAAUAUGUAGUUUUCUUUUCUUAUUUUGUUUAUAAAAAAAGUAGCACACUAUCUACGGACUUUGCAUACCUAUAUUAUUAAUAUAUACAAUCAUACGAUUCGAUUCCAGCAAUAAAAUUGCUGGUAAAUAACUUUUAAUGGCAUUUUGCUAAUUAGCCCAGAGUAUUAUAGUAAACUUAAUUGUAAGUACAGUAAAACCUCGAUAUAACGGACUAAUUGGGGGGACCGUUUAAGCCGAAAGGCCGUUAUAUAAAAUACUUUUAAAAUAAAUCAGACUAUUUAGGAACGUGUGCUCAAUAUGCUAUAAUAAAAAGUUUAUUGAAAUUCUUUGUAAAUUACAGCGUUUGGGGUCCACGGGGACCCCGUUGUUAUGCAGUGUAUCUUGGUAAGGGCAGGGUUAAGUAUGUAUAAUAUUAACAGGAGGUUUUUAAUUUUUUUACAUUUGAUCGGAUUUUUUGUCUGUUAUAUCCGAAGUCCGUAAAAUAGAGGUCCGUUAUAUCGAGGUUUUACUGUACCUACACACAUCAAAAUAAUCUAGGGGACAAAAACAAAAUGCGAGAUUACAGAAGGAUUUCAAAUAUAUUUUAAAUAUUUAAAAAGAAGUUAUAAACAAGUUUCUCGAAUAUAAAAUAAACAUCUUUCAUACAAUUAUCGCAAUAGCUCUUAAAAAAAUUAAGAGAGAACCUCUUAAGAGGCAACAGUAGCGCGCGGAAAACGUGGUUCAAGAUUGCGGCUGUAAUUUUGAAUAUUUGGCACACAUAUUCGUAAUAUAAUAAAGAAUGGCGGUAUAGAGCCCAAUUUGAGAAAUAUGCUAGUAUGUGGAGAUUACUCUAUAACUAAAUAAAUAUUGCAAAAAGAAGCCUGUACGCCAUUAAGAAGAACAAAAAAAUACACUUUCUUCAAAUAAACUUUUUUAUCCCAUGCCUAGAUUUUGUGUCACAUUGGAACUACAUACUAAAAAUCGAUUUUCUAUAACAAGAAAUCGAACGUGACUAACUUGGCAACAUUUAGCUCGCCUAUGAGUAUAAAAUAAUUAUAGUUUUUGAUAGUAUGAUGCCACUGUCACUGUCGUAUUGCCUACGCACUGUUGCCUCAUUGUUGAAAGUUCGCAGAACUUUCGAAAAACAAAAAUAUUGAUGAUGCGCUAUUGUUUACUCUUAAGUCAAAAAAUGGUAACAUCAAAAAUAAAAAACUAAUUUUUUGCCCCUGAACUUCCAACAAAGUAGUCUUUAGGUUAAUUUAGUACAGUGUAUGAACUCCACGGUUGUUGAUUAUGCCCUACAUCUGUUAGGCAACUCAUCAUCAGAUGGUCAGUGUCUUGCUGUGGUAUUCUGUUCCACUCCAUUGAAGCCCUCAAAAGUUGCUUUCUUGUAUUGAACGCGAUAUUUUGUUGUAAAAUGCAUCUGCCCGAUAUGUCCAAUACAUGCUCAAUUGGAUUUAAAUCUGGCGAUUGUGGAGGUAAUAAUAAAACCUCAAUUUCAUUAUCUUCGAGUAAUGUUUGCAAGACCCUAGCAGUAUGUGGACGCGCUUUGUCGUGCUUUAAUUGAAAUUGGGAACCAGCUUGUUAUGCAAAGGGUACAAGAAUAGGUUAGAGAAUAAUAUCGCGGUAGUCUGUUGCCCUCUUCAAUUUACUAGUUCUCGCCCAAAAAUGCUACGACCAACAGAAAGAUAUAUUUAUAUGCUUUAUAGACUUCGAAAAAGCAUUUGAUAGAGUAAGACACGACCUACGAUUAGGACGUUUGAAAGAAGUCGGUUUAGAUGGAAAAGACAUCAACUUACUAAAAAACUUGUACUGGAACCAAAACGCCAGAGUUAGGAUCGAAGGUUCCACAUCCGCAGAAGUAGAAAUUAGGAGGGGAGUUAGACAGGGAUGUGUUCUGUCGCCUCUGCUGUUUAAUCUUUACUUCGAGUUUCUAUUUAAAGAGGCACUGGAGGACUCCAAGGAUGGAGUCAAGGUGAAUGGCGUAAAUAUCAACAGCAUCAGAUACGCCGAUGAUACGGUGUUGCUUGCGGAUUCCGACUUGGGCCUACAAUGACUCAUGGACAAGACCAACUCGACCUGUGAGCAAUUUGGUAUGAAAAUAAAUAUUAAAAAACCAAAGUGAUGUCAAUCCAAAAAAACAACAAAACGUACCUCAACUUUGCACAAUAAAUGGGCAUUUUAGAACAAGUCAAUAGAUUUAAGUACUUGGGAUGUUGGAUCGAUAGCAGCCUAAAUGCUGAUCUAGAAAUAAGAUUGAGAAUAGAACAGGCCAAAAAAAACCUUCAAAAAAAUCAAAAAGCUGCUUUGUAAUUCUCGAAUAAAACUCUAAAUACGACUACGUUUAUCCAAAUGCUACGUCUGGUCGACUCUUCUCUAUACAGUUGACACAUGGACCCUUAAAACAUCAACCGUAAAUAAAUUGGAAGCCUUUGAAAUGUGGAUCUACCGGAGAAUCCUCAAAAUUUCAUGGACAUCGCAUGCCUCAAACGAAGAAGUACUGCAUAGAAUAGGCAAGGCCAUAGAACUUUUCAACACAUUGAAAGUCAGAUAAACAUCAUACAUAGGCCACAUACUGAGAAAUAAUAAGUACCAAUAUGCUCAACUUAUAGUGAAAGGAAAAAUCGAAGGAAGGAGAGGACUAAGGAGAAAAAGACUAUCGUGGCUCAGAAACAUCGGACAAUGGACAGGGCUAAAUUUUGAACAGCUAAUAAGAACAGCUGAAGAGAGAGAAGAGUUUGCAAUUGUAGUAGCCAACGGUACCCCGUCAAAAUAGCCCCGUCAAAAAAGCUCCGACAAAAUAGCCCCGACAUAAUAUCCCGCACACAAAAUAGCUCCGACAAAAUAGCCUGCAGACAAAAUAGCCGCGGAAUAAUAGCCCGCCGACAAAAUAGCCCCGACAAAAUAGCCCCGAAAAAAAAGCUCCCUUCAGAAUUCAUCAUGAAAUAAUUCCUUAAAGAUACAUUUUUUCGGAAAUGGUAAUUAUUCUCUAUUCAGAUCUUUAUCUUAACCACAUUAAAUAAAAUUUGUCUUUUCAGAGAACUCGAGUCCUGUCUUUCCUGCCUCUUGGAAGUUUGAACAUUUAAGUUAAGCGAAAAUCAAUGUUAAUUUAUGAUAUAAAUAUUUUUUUCUGUUUUCGGGCAACAGUAAAAUUCAUUUUGAAUUAAAUAAAUUAAGAGGAAACAGUAGCGAUCAACAGGUAGCGAAAACGCGUUCCAAGAUUGCGGCUGUAAUUUUGAAUAUUUUUUCGUGAUAUUUGGGACACGUAUUCGUAAUAUAAUAAAGAAUGGCGGUACAGAGCCCAAUUUGAAAAAUGUAUUAAUAUGUGGAAAUUACUCUGUAAUUAAAUGCAAUAUUAAAAAAGCGAGCCUGUACCGCCAUUAAGAAGAACAAAAAAAUACACUUUUUUCAAAUAAACUUUUUUAUCCGAUGCCUACAUUCAGGGCCGUGCGGUGCUAUGAUGCGGUGAGGCAGCCGCAUCAGGCGGCAUCACAAAGGGGCGGCAUAAUCAGUAAAAUCAAAAUACAAAUUGAGCCAUUCAAUAAUUAAAAAUAUAUAUAGGACCAAGUGUCAGCCGAAAAUAUUUAACUGGUGAAGGUUUAACAGAACUUAUUUUGACAAAUUUGGAAAAAUUAGUUCUUGAUUUAAAACGGCUCAGAGGACAAGGCUAUGAUAACGGGAUUAAUAUGAAAGGAAUAAGAAAGGCUGUGCAAAACAGAAUAUUUGAAAAAUAUCCGAGGGCGUUUUACGUGCCCUGCGCAUGCCACCUUAGUCAUAAAUGACGCAGCGUCUUCUUCUACAGAAACAACAACUUUUUUUUGUAUUAUACAAGAACUGUACACUUUUUUCUGGUUUUACAAAGCUUUGGGAAGUUCUGAAAAAACAUGUUUCACAACUAACACUAAAACCGUUGAGUACUACUAGAUGGUUAAGUCGAAUAGAUGCAUUGAAACCUCUAAGAUUUCAAUUUUGUGAAAUAUAUAAUGCCUUAUUCGAAAUAAUAGAAGACGUCAACAAGGAUUCAGAAACUAAAGUCAAAGCACGAAGAUUGGUAAAAAUAUUAAAAAUUAUAUUAUAUGACGUGUAGUUCUUUGUCAACAAUUUGUCAAAUUGUGUAAAAAUGUUGUCAGAAACUAUGGAAAAAAUGAAAAUUUACUGACAAUUGGCUAUGACCAAAUGAAAAUUACUGAUAAUGAAAUUGCAGAAAAUCUUGUAAAUAAGUUCCGAAUAUCCUACUGAAAAUGAAUAUUGAGGCAAGAGAAAAAUGCGUCAAUUUGAUCUGUGGAUCAGCUCUCAACAGAAGAAGAUAAAUUUAAAGUAAAUUUUUUCAUCUAUAUUUUAGACAUUGCCUUUAAUUCUUUGAAUGAUCGAUUUUCGCUUUUAGAAACUCAUAAUAAAAAUUUUAAAUUUUUAUAUGAUACUUUUAAAUUGAGGGAAAUAUAAGAAAAGGGAAAUAUGAUAAAUUACUAGAAAAAUACUAGAAAAUAUUCAUUCAAUACUUUUCAUAGAAAAAGAAUCGGAUAUAGAGGCAAAUGAAAUUUCUAGAAGAAUUAUUGCAUGAUUUAUCCCAAAUGAUACCAUACUCCAUGAAACCUUUAGAGGUUUUGAACUAUUUGUGCCAAAAUAACCUAAUUUCUUUAUACCCAAAUAUAGUUGUAUCACUAAGGGCCGGUAUUAUCUGUCCCGAUUAAACCCCGGUUAGAAGAAUUUUGUCAUGCGAGGUGCAGAAAGUACCGACCCUAAGAAUUUUAUUAACACUAUCUGUCUCCGUAGCUUGGGGAAAGAAGCUUUUCAAAAUUAAUAAUGAUUAAAACUAUUAACGAAGCUCCAUAAGAAAAACAAAACUAAAAAAAUUAACACAUUUCGAUAGAGUCCUCACUAGCUGCUACUUUAGAAUACACCAAUCUGAUUGACGAGUUUACCAAAAUUAAAAUCAAAAGGAUACAAUUGUAAUUUUCAUAAAUGUUAUUUAAUGUUAAUACAUAUUUCAUUUAAUUUAAAGUAUGUUUUGUUUUUAAAAUAAAAGUUUUCGUUCAU